AUGAGACCGGGGGCCUUGAACUAUCCGAGCAAUGGCUGGGGCUGUGAUAAACCAUCUAAUAUCCACACCUCGGGUGACUGCAGCAGGCGGGCAGAUGAUUUUAAAGAGUGCCUGGAUACGAUAUACAGCGCGAUACACGAAGCUGAGUUUCUAGCCAUCGAUGGAGAAUUUUCAGGAAUCAGUGACGGCCCCUCCGUGAGCGCAUUGACGAAUGGUCUGGACACGCCAGAAGAGCGCUAUCAGAAACUGAAAAAGCAUUCCAUGGAUUUCCUGUUGUUUCAGUUUGGCCUCUGUGCUUUUAAAUACAGCCACGCAGAAGCAAAAUACGUAAUUAAGUCUUUUAACUUUUAUGUUUUUCCGAAGCCGUUGAACAGAAGCUCCCCGGAUAUCAAGUUUGUCUGUCAGAGUUCAAGUAUAGACUUUCUGGCCAAUCAGGGAUUUGAUUUCAACAAAGUGUUUUGUAGUGGUAUCCCCUAUCUGAACCAAGAGGAGGAGAGGCAGCUCAGGGAGCAGUACGAGGAGCGGCGCUCUCAGUCCAACGGAGCAGGGACCCCGUCCUUCGUGUCCCCCAACUCCAGCAAGGGGCCGGUCGUCAUUCCAGAGGAGCACAAAGCCUUCAUAGAGAGAGUCGUAGAGAAAGUUGAAAGCUUGUCAAACAGCGCCGAACAGUCCAGUGUGCAGCUGGAGCCCUGUACUGGAUUUCAGAGGAAGCUCAUUUAUCAGACCUUGAACUGGAAAUUUUCCAAAGGCAUUCAUGUAGAAACCGUGGAAACAGAGAAGAAAGAGCGCUGCAUUUUAAUCAGCAAAGUGGAUGAGGAUGAAAAAAAAAGGAGAGAACAGCAGAAGCAGGAGAAAGAACAGGGAGAACUUGCUGACGCUGUGGGCUUCUCCAGAGUCAUUCAUGCCAUUUCCAAAUCGGGCAAGCUGGUCGUGGGUCACAACAUGCUGCUAGAUGUCAUGCACACCAUCCAUCAGUUUUACUGCCCGCUACCCGAGGAGCUGAAUGGUUUUAAAGAAGUGACGUUGUGUGUGUUUCCCAGGCUUUUAGACACCAAACUCAUGGCAAGCACGCAUCCAUUCAAGGAGCUCAUUCUCAACACACCCCUCGCAGAGCUGGAAAAGAGGUUAAAAGAAGCGCCUUUCAAGUCCCCGAAAGUUGACAGCGCCGAGGGGUUCCAGAGCUACAACACUGCCUCGGAGCAGCUGCACGAAGCCGGUUAUGAUGCCUACAUCACCGGGCUCUGCUUCAUCUCCAUGGCCAACUUCUUGGGUUCGUUCCUCAGCCCUCCUAAACCACACAUUUCUGCCAGAUCGAAGCUCAUUGAGCCCUUUUUCAACAAACUGUUCCUCAUGAGAAUCAUUGAUAUCCCCUACCUCAACCUGAGUGGACCUGACUUGCAGCCAAAGCGAGACCACGUCCUUUAUGUCACGUUUCCCAAAGAGUGGAAGACGAGUGACCUCUACCAGCUCUUCAGUGCCUUCGGGAACAUUCAGGUGUCCUGGAUUGAUGACACGUCAGCGUUCGUGUCCCUGGGGCAAGUGGAUCAGGUGCAGAUCGCUGUGAACACCAGCAGGUACGCGGAGAGCUACCGCAUCCAGACCUACGCGGAGUACAUGGAGAGCAGACUGGAGGAGAAGAGAGCCAAGAGGAAGAGCUCCGAGGACAGCUGGAGGGAGCUGGAGAGCAGCAGGUUAAAAGUGCAGUACACUUCUGCACUGCCAGCCGGCUCCGGGUUCAACAGCAAUAACAACGAAGUGGCUCCGGGGAAGAGAAGCAUGAGUCCCAUCCAGGAGGAGCUGGGUUCGGAUGAACCAGAGGAGGGGGAGAUCGACCGGGACGGAACCAGCAGCUGGACCAGCACAGCGCCUGCACACAGCAAGAAGCACAAAAAGAUCAGAACCGACCCGGGUCCCAGCCCUGCCGGCUCCACAGGGCUGUUUGAAGUCCCGCAGGUCUGGUAGUGCCGGUGGAGCGUCGGCUGGAACCAAGAGCCUUCAGAGGGAAGAGCCGUGAGGCAGCGGCAGCACUUAAAGGCAUUUUAAAAAGCCAUAAACUCUUCUGUCCUUGCAGAGUGAAUGAAAGGGGCGCAAGCUUGCAACCUCUUCUGUUCAACGCAUUGGCAAAAAGCUUACGAAAAAAAGAUUGGUCUUUUGGUUCUUAAACCCUGAUUUUUGUUCAUUUAGAUUAAUCUACGGGGGGUGGGGGUCGGGUGUGGAACUCGAACCUGGAUUCCCGUGACGGUUCUAUUGUGUGUGUGUGUGUGUGUGUGUGUGGGUUAAUUUUUUUUGUUUUGUUUUUUUUUUAUGUUCUGUGUCAAAAGACUUGGUUUCCUACCAAUUUAACAAAAUGUUUUAAUUCAAUUUUUUAAUGUUGCUUUUCAUGAGUUAGGGUCCCUACUGAUGUACAGUAAUGGUGCAAGCGGUAAAUUAAUGGUCUGAUAGAGAAACACUAGAAUCACUAAGUUUAUGUGAGAGGUGUUGUGUGUGUUUUUUUUUAUGGUUAAUCAUCUUCCACAGAGUUUAAACACGGCCUCCUAUGUUUGUUUUUUUUUGUUUGUUUUAUUUCAAAAGAGGAUUGUUGCCUAAUUUGAGAGUUCCCAGGAGUUUGAAUCUAGAUUGUGGCUGCUUGAU